GACGGCUCACUUCAAACACCUUGAGCUCCUCACAAGUCAUUUCUAGGAGCCUCACCAACAUGUGCAGCUCUGCAUCCUGGAACUCCUCACCUCCUGCUGUGCUGUUCAUCAGGCAGCAGGGGAAGAAGAAGCCACAUGUCUCAGUGACUCUCAGGAGGAAGAGGUUAAGGCUGAUCAGGAGGAGGAGGAGGGAGCUGAGGAGGGCGGCUGCUGGAGGGGCGGAGAUGGCGAUGCUGAACCUGAGGCUCCACCUGGAGAACCGGCGCAUCCUUGCGGAGAACGAGAGGCUCCGGGAGAGGGCUGGCGCGCUCCGCCUCGAGAACCUCGCGCUGCGUGCCAACCUGUGCAAGGUGGUGCUACCGCCGGCAGAGGCUGCCCCCGGCUGCUGAGCUUCCCGCCGUUCUCCUUCGUCUUGGUGGCUCCUUGUUGUGCUUAUGCUACUUUGUCUAGGUGUUGAUGAUGGCUGGCUGUCUGAUGAUCUGUGCUUAUCGAUCAACCACAGGGUUUUUCUUGGACCUACUUUGUGUGAUUUGUGGCAAGAUCAAUAGAUCAUGGUUGCACAUUAUAUGUUUAAUUUCAAGUGCAGAGAUUAGUUAGCAA